AUGUUCUCCGCUCAGGUUCUCUCUGUAGCGGCAUCGUGUAUUAUUUCACUGAUUGCCGCUUUGCGUCUGAGUCGUGGACGCGUCCAAUCUUUGCCUCUGCCGCCUGGCCCUCGCGGUUUACCAUUUCUGGGUAACGCGUUGCAACUGGACACUAAACGACCUUGGCUCACAUAUAUUGCCUGGGGAAAGAUUUAUGGCAAAAUCAUUCACUGUCGCAUCCUUGGGAUCGAUAUGAUCAUUAUAAACUCUGAAUCGAUCGCGCGGGAGUUGUUGGACAAACGUUCUGCAAUUUACUCAGACCGCCCCGUCAUUCCCACCAAUGAGAUAGCUGGACUGGAAUUCAAUACUGUACUCCUUCCGUAUGGCGAGACUUGGCGGCGGCAUCGUAAGAUCUUCCAUCAAGUCCUUAAGGCCGAAGCUUGUGUUUCAUAUCACGAGAUGUACUCUCGCCACGCGAACGAAUUAGUUUUCAAUCUCUUGAAGGCCACCGGUGACCUCCAGGAACCUACUCAAGCAUACACGGCAUCGCUGAUUAUGUCCGUGACAUAUGGAUACACUAGUUGUGGAACCCAAGACCCAUUCCUUUCCCGUGCGCAAGAACUUCUAGAUAUUGCUAAACAUCUUCUUUCUCCAGAGAGGGCUGCCAUGUUCACAGCCUUUCCUUUCCUUAAAAAGCUGCCAUUUUGGUGCUUUCGUGGAGCCUAUGCCCUCAUGGGACGCAGUAAAGAAUUAUGCCAACGGCUUUUAAACGAGCCCUUUAAGGAGGUGAAGGUACAGAUGGCAAAUGGUACCGCUUCAAAAUCACUGGUUACCGACUUCCUCAAUCAAGCUGACAACAAUGUUGAUGAAGACACAAUGAAAGCUGUUGCAUUGAUGGGAUAUAUGGGUGGCAUAGACACGUCUACAUCCGCAUUGCAGAUAUUCCUGAUGGCCAUGAUACUCUAUCCCGAUGUCCAAGCCAGGGUUCGUGCAGAAAUAAAUCAAGUUGUGAUGCAUGAUAAAAUGCCGUCCAUUGAUGAUAGGCCAUCGUUACCCUACCUUGAUGCCGUUCUCCGUGAGGUUCUAAGAUGGUGUCCUCCCAUACCCCUAGGAAUGGCGCAUGCGACAACAAAGGAUGACUUUUACGGCGGGUACUUUAUACCCAAAGUUCAAUUAGGCACGGUGGUGAUGGUUAAUCAAUGGGCGUUAUCUCGGGACGAAGACAUAUUUCCCGAUGCAUCACGCUUCGAUCCCACUCGCCAUCUCACAGCCGACGGGCAGCUGAAGGACCUUUUUGUCGACCAUUUUGCCUUUGGUCAUGGCAGGCGCAUUUGUCCUGGUCGUUGGUUUGUAGAGAACAGUAUGUGGAAUGCAAUGGCUACCAUUCUCGCCGUCUUGCGUAUCGAUCAUGCCAAAGACUCGAACGGAAACAGGAUUGAGGUAAAACCGGAAAUCACCACCGGCAUGAUAAUUCACCCGCAGCCUUUCCAGUACUCGUUCGAAGUCGUGAACUCAGCGAGAGAAGGGCAGCUUCGCGCAAUGCUGAAUUUGAAGUAG